AUGUUAAUUCAAUACCAUAAAAUAUCAAAUAAUGAUCCUAAUCGUAUUCAGUUGCUUUCAAUGAUUUUCUGUGAAAUUAUUCUUCUCAUUUUCGAGUUGUUUGAAUUUGCUGCUAUUAUUUUCAAUAUGAGUAGAUAUCAAUUUCAUUUUAAUUUGAAAGUUGUAGUGGGAUACGCUAUAUUUGCAUAUUGGUUUGAUAUAAUCGCUAGAAUAACAAUUGCUUUCUUCGAAAUUGGACUUUUCAAUUUAGAUGAUCAGACAAUUGCAGUGGAGACAGAAAAACUUCCCUGGAAUUAUAAAAAUAUGUUUUUUAUGCUAUUGUUUUGUUGUAGCACCUAUCGAGUAUAUUUCAUGUUUUUGAUAUGCUCUGUCACAUUAUUAUUAGCAGUGGAGAGAUUUCUCGCAACCAUUUGGGUAUCAACAUAUGAAUCAGUACAACAUAAAUGGGUUUCAAUAGUUCUUACUUCAACAAACUCAAUAGCAGGAAUUUUUGGAUCAUUAUUGUUUCAUUACGAGCUAAUCUUCGAUACUGCCGUGUGGUGCAGUCUUGGUCUUUGUUUUAAUUUUGUUUCAAUAUUUCUCUAUGUAAUUUUAUUCAAUUCAAACAAAUCAAAAAUAGAGCUCUGUCAAACAAGAGAAAUAACUCAAUCUUAUACAUUAAGCCUUCGUUUUCAAUUAAAUGAGAACUUGAAAAUAAUGAAUUGGAUCAAAAAUUCAAUAUUAGUGGUCACUUGUUUUAAUACUUUGCUCGCUGGAUUUCUGAUCGCGUCCAAUAAUGAGUAUUUAAAAAAUGAUUAUCCGGUUCUUGUCAAAUGCUGUCAUACUUUCCUGAAUUUGGGAAUUGCUAUAUAUGCUCAAGUCGUAUUUUUCGUUGCAAUCCUUGCUGAUCGUCAUUUUCGUACAUAUUUUCUUCGUUUUAAACCAAUUAGAGUUUUCACAAAACCAUUUUUCGGGAGAAUAUUUCCGGAAGACUUCAAAAUCAAGAAAAUUUUAUCAACAAGUGAUGAGACAAAUGUGUAUUUCUCGAAAUUGAGUCUACAAUGGGAUGAGCAAAUUAUUCGAAGCUCUCAUGUUGUUGUGGCAAAGAAAAAACGAUUUUGGAGAGUUUAAAAAUAAAGUUUUGAUUGUUUUAAAA